CCCAAUUAGACAAAGAAAAACACACAGUAACUGUAAAAAUGGCCAUGAAGAUUCCCAAAAAGCUGAGCUACCUUAGCUUAAUGCUUCUAAUAUGGGUAGCUAUGGGCGAGGAAAAAGAAGACGAAGAAGUGAGACCCUAUAUAAUUCACUUCGACCCAGCCAUCAUGGAAGCUGGAAAAUUCUACGAUACAAAGGAAUGGCAUUCAUCAGUCCUAGCUCAGGUCAUAAGGAACUCUGAUCAACCUGGGUCAAGCCGUAUAAUCUACUCUUACAAGAAUGCCAUAAGUGGGUUUUCCGCAAGGCUUAGCAGAAGAGAAAUUUCAGAGCUGCAGAAUCUGGAAGGAUUCAUGGGUGUUUACCCAGAUAGGCUUCAUAAGCUUCAGACGAGUUACUCAUAUAAAUUUCUGGGGCUCAGCUCUCCUCGGGGUAAACUAUGGAGGAAGGCCCAAUUUGGGCUAGGGGCUAUAAUUGGUGUUCUGGACACGGGCAUUUGGCCUGAAAGUCCCAGCUUUAGCGACCAUGGAAUGCCACCAGUGCCCGAAAAAUGGAAAGGGGAUUGUCAAAUUGGGGCAGAUUUUAACCAGACGCACUGUAAUAGGAAGCUGAUUGGCGCCCGGUUUUAUAACAGCGGGCACCAGGCUAAUGCCGUGUUUGGGACACGUCCCGAGUACGAAUCCCCGCGGGAUUCUCAGGGCCAUGGAACUCACACGGCCUCGACAGCUGCUGGGAGAUCGGUUUUCAAUGCCGGGUUGUUUGGUAAUGCUGAUGGAACUGCCCGGGGAAUGGUGCCCGGAGCUCAUUUGGCAAUGUAUAAGGUUUGUUGGGAUGGUGGGUGUUACAGUUCGGAUAUAUUGGCGGGCAUGGAUGCCGCCAUUGCUGAUGGUGUGGAUGUUAUUUCUUUGUCCAUUGGGGGAUUCUCUGUUCCUUUUUAUGAAGACAGUGUGGCCAUUGGGGCCUUUAGGGCGGUGAGUCGGGGAGUUUUUGUGACCUGUGCGGCGGGUAAUAGUGGGCCGUAUGAGUUCUCUGUGUCGAAUGAGGCUCCAUGGAUUAUGACGGUUGGUGCCGGGACUAUGGACCGGGACUUCCCGGCAGUUGUGCGUUUGGCUGACGGGCGGACGUUUUAUGGGGAGUCGCUAUUCCCCGGGAUGAAGAUCAGACCGAGGUUUGUUCCUCUUGUCUAUGCGGCUACGGCUGGGAUUGAGAGGAAUAAAGUUGGAUCUGGGAGUUCAGGAAAUUCGAGCUUUUGUUUUGCUGGGUCGCUUGACCCGGAGGUUGUGAAGGGGAAGUUUGUGGUGUGUGAUCGGGGGACCAGUGCUCGCGCGGAGAAGGGUGAGGUGGUUAGACAGGCGGGUGGAGUGGGGAUGAUUCUGGCGGACUCAGAAAUCAAUGGUGAGGAGACAGCGGCAGAUGUCCAUGUGUUGCCUGCGACACAGGUCGGUUAUGCGGAGGCUGGGAUCAUUAAGAAGUAUAUAAGCACGUCAACGGAUGCUUUUGUGGCGGUUCAGUUUCGGGGGACUGUAUAUGGACGGUCACGAGCUCCGGCAGUUGCGUCGUUUUCAUCGCGGGGUCCAAGUUCGGUGAACCCUGGGGUUCUUAAGCCGGACUUGAUCGCGCCCGGGGUGAAUAUCCUCGCCGCCUGGCCGCUAAACCUCGCGCCAUCUGGCUUGGCAGCGGAUAAGCGCCGGGUCAUGUUCAAUGUCGUCUCGGGGACCUCGAUGGCUUGCCCGCAUGCGUCCGGGAUCGCAGCUUUGAUAAAAAGUGUGCACCCGGAUUGGAGUCCCGCGGCUAUUAAGUCCGCGCUCAUGACCACUGCCGACGUGGUCGAUAACAGAGGUGGGCCCAUCCUCGACAACGCCCGGGCUCAACAACCCGCUGACUUUUUCGCCACAGGUGCCGGGCAUGUGAACCCAGAGAGAGCAGCGGACCCGGGGCUUGUCUAUGAUACCGGUGUCCACGACUAUGUCCGACAUCUUUGCACUUUGGGGUACACCCAAGCUCAGGUCCAGGCCAUCACUAACACCAAUGUCAGGUGUUCGAACCUCACUGAAAAUUAUAGGGGCCUCAAUUACCCAUCUCUGUCGGCGGUCUUCAAUGUGUCUUCUGCUGGUCAGAGAUGGGUAAAGUUGAAGAGAACGGUGACCAACGUUGGGGUUGCUAAAUCCAGAUACUCUGUGCGUGUGACGCCGCCAAAAGGGGUUCGUGUGAUAGUGAAGCCGGCCAAAUUGGGUUUCACUAGACUCAAUCAGAAGAAGAGUUACAGUGUAAAAUUUGUGGACACAAGUAGAAGGGAGAGUACUCUUUCUUCUUUUUAUUCCUUCUCUCAAGGCUCUCUUACGUGGAUUCAUACAGGGAGUUCUCAUAAUAGUUCUGUGACGUACACUGUCCGAAGCCCAUUAACUAUCAUUUGGUCCACAUAGCCAAAUGUAUGUUUCUUUAUACAGGGAGUUCUCAUAAUAGUUCUGUGACGUACACUGUCCGAAGCCCACUAACUAUCAUUUGGUCCACACAGCCAAUGUAUGUUUCUUUAUACAGGGAGUUCUCAUAAUAGUUCUGUGACGUACACUGUCCGAAGCCCAUUAACUAUCAUUUGGUCCACAUAGCCAAUGUAUGUUUCUUUCUUUUCUUUUUAGGUUUUACGGACUCUUUACUAACUCAUCUGUAAUACUCAUGUAUACUUCUUUCUUGUCUAUUGUAAUACAGUAUUGAACAUAUAUAAGCUCGGCCUGUGUUUUCUGUUGGGUAUCUUUGAAUUUCAGAAUAGACCCACAACGAUUUUGAAAUGAAAUUAUUUUGUAUGAAUCAAAGAUAUUUGCUCUCUCUCA